AUGGUCCACAUGAACUGCACGGUGGAGUGCGAAAAGGGCCUCUACCCCAAUGCCAUACCGAUCCCGUUACCCCGCGAAGUGCGAACCGUUGAUGGAAUUGAUCCAACACAGCUAUUCUACACUGUUGAAGAUGAGCUGCGAGCGUUGUUGAAUUGGCAGUGCGAUGAAAAUGUGGACGCUAUAAUAAGGUUAAUAAGAUCGUUUUGCGAUCUCUUGAACCAUCGAUGGAAUUUAUCAAUGAGACAAUCUAUAUUGAUGCGAUAUCUUCGAUGUUUGGCAAAGCACGGAAUUCCAUUGCACUGCAUUUGGCAUUCAAGGGUGGUCACCCGGAUAUUCAACUAUGAAGAAUUUACUGGAAAGUACCCACCCACAAGAAAUCUCAAGCUGUUCUUCCAGGACUUGUCUGAUCUUGAGUUCAAAAUGCGCUCAAGUAUUUGGACUUUUCACAACAUUUCCAUAAAAUCAACUAAACAUAAAGUGGAACCACUUCUGUGA